GCAAUCAGCUGCACACCCAGCAAAGUGGAUUAUUUAUUCGCAUCGGUCUGAUCAGUCAUCACAUUUAUCAAUCAUUUUGUGACAGAGGAAUUAUUCACCAUUUUUUAAUCGAAUCAUCCUUUGAUUUUGACCACUUUUUCUGGGAAAGCUACUCUCUACUGCUACUCUCUCGACCUCGUAAAAGAGCCAGAUCGUGAUAGACAAAGGUGAAAGACAGUCGAGUGCAAUCUGUAAUUUGCCAUAGGGUGGUGGGCAUGUUUUGAGAGGUUUAAGCAGAACUAGCAAGCAAUGAAUUCCCAGUACGGGCAUGGAGGACGAGGUGGUCCGUACAAUAACCAGGCCGCAUCCUCAAUAUCUCACUCUCGAGGUUCUAAACUGAAAAUCAGUGCUCAAGAUCUAAUGUGUAAGAACAAUUGUGGACAUUAUGGAAACGAAGUUCAAGAAGGCUAUUGUUCCGUUUGCUACAAAUUGUACAAGCAACAACAACAACUUCGCCAACAGCAAUAUGCCGAGUCUCCACGUGAUAAUGAUUCAUUUAAUAUAUUUGGAAGGUCUGCUAUCUCAUCAGGAUUUGCUACCAUUCCAAAAGCUGCAAAAUUAUCAUUUGACAGUCUUUCCUCGCCAUUGUCUGGUUUUGCAAAGUUUGAAGAGAAAAAAAGGCAUCAGGCUGGUCACAAAUCAAAAUCAUUUCGUUCAGUAUUUCGAAAAAGUCCGACCCCAUCUCCGUCAAAGUCUCCAGAUUUAAAGGCGACUAGCAGUAAAGAGCGGCCUAGUUCUGCAUCCUCUACACCCAACCAUUUGGGGUCCAGUUCACCUAAAAUGUCUCCCCAGAGACCGCAAGACACGGAGAAGGAACAAAUUCGAAAUGAGAUAAACACGUUUCUCCUUCAGUUUCCCAAGCAAAUUGUUCACGAUGUUGUCGUAAAGGUUAAACAAUGUGAAGCAGAGUUGACACGGGCUUGCAGGACAAGCAACAUGGCCGUUGAAGAGAUCUCAGACAUUGCUCAAGACUUUUACCGGAAUUUCAAAGGGAAAGUGGACAUGGUUCCUUGUUAUCAAAGUAUGACGGCGGAUGACAAAGAACUUUUAAUGGACCUAAUCGAAAAGUACCUCACAAUUAGUCUAUAUAAAGAGCUUUUUAGUCCAAUAAAUACCACGACGGAUGACGAAGAUAAGGAUUUGCUGUUGCAAAAUAGAAUUCGAAGUUUAAAUUGGAUCACCUGCAAACAUUUAGAUGUUAUACUCAAUGAGCGAGACCAGCAAGUUCGCGAUUACGUCUUUCAGUCUAUAAAUGCUAUCAUUGGAAUGGAUUCUGUGAAGCCACCGCAAGAAAAGUUGCUGUGUAUAACGCAGUGUAGUCACCGCAUAUUGGAAGCGCUAGGGAUGUCCAAACAAGCUCCAACUUCUGCUGAUGACUUUCUUCCAACCCUCAUUUAUAUUGUGAUUAAAGCAAAUCCUACCCGGCUGCAGAGUAAUAUCAACUUUAUUACUCGGUUCUGCAAUGCUUCUCGUUUAAUGAGUGGUGAAUCAGGCUACUUCUUUACAAAUUUGUGUUGUGUUGUCUCCUUCAUUCAAAACAUGAAGGGAGAAUCUCUAUCAAUGACAGAAGAAGAAUUUGAAGACUAUGUUAGUGGAAGAACUAUCCCCUCUGAGAGUUGGGAUAACUAUUUUUCUGAAUCUCUGCAUUCAAUGGAGGAAAUGUCGAAUGAUUUAAUUGAAAUGAAAUCCCGGCAUGACGACUUUAUACGAAAUGUGGAUGUCCUACGAAAAAAUAUGCAACAAAAACAGGAAUGGGUUUCGAAGCAAGUGAAUGUGAUUUUGAAGAGGACUCCAUUAACGUUUAAGCUGAGAAAGGUCCCAACAAAUAUUGAUGAUGAAGACGUCUGCUCGAGCCAACCUUCUCUCCCGGCACCACUACAGCCUGUAGUUAUAAGUAAAUUGGUCAAAGAUGUCAAUUUGGAACCUAAUAAGGAACCUCCACCCGUCACACCCACCUCCACCACCACAGAAUUACGAUCUUCCAGCGACCGGCCAAACAGUGAAGAUAACUGUUCAAACUCCAAUCAAGACAUUACCGCGACUGAAAUCCAAUCAGCAUCUCAAAAGAGUGAAAUAGAAAUCCCUGUGGCAUUGGAACAAGAAGAGAGUCGUGAUAUAAGGGGGGCGGAUCAAGUACUUUCUAGUCAAAUGUCAUUGACUGACGAAUUUCUUUCUGCGGAAGAAAAGUCAGGGUCGGAAGAAGAGACUUUUUACAAUGAAAAGAAAGUGGAAAGCGAGGCUGAAAAAUCAUCGGAAUAGCCAAUCAAUCUUGUAUCCCUAGCCAUGUGCUUUGCCUCAUUAAGUAAUACUCUCGUUUUGGUUGUCUUCCUGACACUUUUGCAUAUGUAAAACCAUUAGCCUCGUGCUUAAUGUAUUUUAUUCCGUGCGGAUUUUGUGCAAUAGUAUAAAAACCUUCAAAACAACUAUUUUAGAAUAAUUUGAUGACCAAUAAAAACCUAAGUACAUUGAUUAUUGAAAAA